CCAGUGUCGGAGGCCAGGGUAAGAACGUGCUCGAUAGACGUCGAACAAGAAGGUCCGGCUGGGCAAGCGGCAGACAUGGGUAGCUCCGGCACCUGCCAGCUGUGCCUCUCCUUGCUGACCUACCUUUACCUUGGGAAGGACCUUGGCAUGCAGCUACCUUCCGGGAUUGUGCUUGAGGUGAGCAAUGGAAACAACCUAACCAUGACAUCAAGACAUAAUCAGAUUGCAAGUACGGAGUACCUUAUAGUGCAAACAUCGCCUCGAUUGUUUGAUAAAUAUGUCGUUUGCGCUGCCAAACAUUGAACGAGUCCAUGGUGAUCAGAUUAUUAUGUACGUGGUCUCGGUGGUGCCAGUUGCUAAUUGGAGAAAGACAAGGAGGCAAGGGGUAAGGAGUACCUUAGUGUAGCGGGCCCCGUCUCUCAAGCAUCAAAGAUCGCAAGCACCAAAGUGCAGGGCUGCUAACCAAGGAGUCAGUGAAUGCCAAGGUCUAAAUGGAAGGAG